AUGAGUUUUCCUUGUUUAUGGAGUUGGGUUACGGCCUUCUUGGUGGUUACGUUUGAAGCUAAAGCCGGGCUCGGCCAAAUUAACGGCACUCGUCGGAAUUAUAUUACGUGGAGAGACUUGAAAAUGGAGGGUCCUCCACGUAACUUUCCUUUGAGAGAUAUCGGUGGUAAUUACAAUCGGAAUAAAUUAGUAAUCGUGGUCGAUAAAUACGGCCGAGGAGAUUCGUUUACGGUGCAAGGCGCAGUCGAUAUGGUGCCGGAAAAUAAUGUGCAGAGGGUCAAGAUUCACAUUCUUGCUGGAGUUUACAGAGAGAAGGUACGGGUACCAGUGAACAAGCCGUACAUCUCGUUCAUAGGCGACGAAAACGAGCCGUCGUCAACGGUUAUAACGUGGCACGACAAAGCUUCGGAUAAUCUCCCGAACGGCGGUUGCUGCUUAGGGACUUGGAACUCGGCCUCUGUCUCGAUAGAAUCCGAUUACUUUUGCGCCACAGGGAUCACUUUCGAGGCGAUGUUUUAUAAGGCUCGAUUCUUGGGCUCACAGGACACGCUGUUGGACGAGUCGGGCUCCCACUAUUUUUUCCGGUGUUUCAUUCAGGGCUCGAUCGAUUUUAUAUUCGGCAAUGGAAAGUCACUAUAUCAGGAGUGUGGGAUCUCGGUGGUGGGUGAUGGAUACGCAAUAGCAGCCCAACACCGCAAUUCCGACACUGAUGAAACGGGCUUUGCUUUCUUGAACUGUACGGUGACUGGAACCGGGCCGAUUUACUUGGGACGGGCCUGGGGGAAUUACUCGCGGAUAAUAUAUUCAUACACUGAAUUCGACAUUGAUGUGAGGCCACAAGGAUGGGAGGACUGGAGAGUUCCAUCUAGACAAAGCACUGUGGUGUACGGAGAAUACGAAUGCAGAGGGAGAGGAGCAGAUCGAAGCAGAAGGGUAGAAUGGUCAAAAGCCCUCAGCUACUGGGAAGCAAGACCUUUUCUGGAUACCAUGUUCAUAAGAGGCAAGCAGUGGCUCAAACUCUAG